AUGUCACCGACGGAUGCGGACUUCGCUCUUCUAGAUACAGCCCGUAAAGUGGAAUUCUAUGGAGUUCGACUUCAUCCAGCCAGACAUUGUUUUUCCGAUGGUGGAAUAAGUUAUUUUUUUCAUUGUUCACAGGAUAUGGAAGGAUUACCAAUGAGCCUCUCUGUGACACAUCUCGGGUUGAGUGUAUUCCAGAACUUGACAAAAAUCAACACUUUCUCCUGGGCCAAGAUUCGCAAAUUGAGUUUUCGUCGCAAGCGAUUUCUGAUCAAGCUGCAUUCAAUGGAUUACGAUGUGAUCGAAUUCCUCUUUGACUCUCGAAAUGACUGCAAAUGCUUUUGGAAGAAGUGUAUUGAACACCACGCCUUCUUCCGUUGCUCGCUUCAGGAACGAUCACGGCAGAGAAGACCCAAGGUUGUCACCAAAGGCUCCUCUUUUCGGUUAGUUUAA